UGGUUGAUUCUUGGUGUGUAGUUUCAUAGUGUGCAGCUACAGAGUCUAUUUUAGUCUAUUUCUGACCACAUUUCAGUGGUUAAACAGAGGCAAGGUGUUGCUGUGUUCACUUCCUCCCACACCUUGGGUAGCUGGGAGGAAGAUGCACCUACAAAGAGAUGGCUCAUUUGUUUCAAGAUUAUAAGAAGCUGCCUAGGCCAAGAUUUAAAUUGACUUGCACAUAAAUACACCUAAAGGAUUAUUAGGAACACCACACUACCUAUUCUUCUGAAAUAUUGGCCCAUAUUGAUAGGAUAGCAUCCCCCACACCAUUACACCCCCACCACAACCAGCCUGCCCAGUGGUAACAAGACAUGACGGAUCCAUGUUCUCAUUUAGUUUACGCCAAAUUCUGACUCUACCAUCUGAAUGUUUCAACAGAAUUCGAGACUCCUCAGACCAGGUAACGUUCUUCCAGUCUUCAACUGUCCAAUUUUGGUGAGCUUGUGCAAAUUUAAGCCUCAUGUUCCUAUUUUUAGUGGAGAUGAGUGGUACCCGGUGGGGUCUUCUGCUGGUGUAGCCCAUCCACCUCAAGGCUGUGCGUAUUGUGGCUUCAAAAAUGCUUUGCUGCAUACCUCGGUUGUAACAAGUGGUUAUUUGAGUCAAAGUUGAUCUUCUAUCAGCUGGAAUCAGCCGGCCCAUUCUCCUCUGACCUCUAGCAUCAACAAGGCACUUUUGCCCCCCAGGACCGCCCAUUCUGACAUUCAGUCUGGAGUUCAGGAGAUUGUCUAGACCUGGACCACACCCCUAAAUGCAUUGAAGCAGCUGCCAUGUGAUUGGUUGAUUAGAUAAUUGCAUUAACGAGAAAUUUAACAGGUGUAUGUUCUUCAGUUUAAAUUGGUACUUAUGCACACAAACCCUCAUACUCACCUUAUGCAGGAUGUGUACGUAUGAAUGCAUGAGAGUAUGCAUGCAUGUGCAACUGAAGUAUUCAACUUUGGCCGAGGCGGCUUCUCGUCAACCACACAUAGGAAGGAGGGGGGUUUACUUGAUGCGACUAUGAAGUGAACAAAGUGUAGACAUCAUUUGGCCAAAGACAGGAUGGAGGAAACAUCUCUGCUGCGGCUGCUUUUUCUGAUCUCACUGCUGAGCUGCCCAACAAACCAAGCCUCUCUGACUGUGAGUCCCAGCAGCUCUCAGAUGUUUGAAGGACAGUCUGUGUCUCUGAGCUGUGAGGAGGACGACAGCUCUGCUGGAUGGACUCUGAGGAGGAACACAUCCAGAGAAACCAGGACUCAGUGUGGAGUUGCCUGGGGAAAAACAGCUGGUUCCUUGUGUAAGAUCAGCUACGUGGCCCCAUGGUACAGUGGAGUUUACUGGUGUGAGUCCAGAGAGGGAGCAACCAGUAACAGCAUCACCAUCACUGUCACUGGUGGACCAGUGAUCCUGCAGAGUCCUGUCCUCCCUGUGAUGGAGGGAGAAGACCUCACUCUGACCUGUAAAACAAAGAUGUCCUCCAACCUCCCAGCUGGUUUCUAUAAAGAUGACUCCUUCAUCAGGACUGAGCCUGCAGGUCACAUGACCAUCCACCAUGUUUCCAGGUCUGAUGAAGGCCUCUACAAGUGUCUCAUCAGCAGUGUUGGAGAGUCUCCACCCAGCUGGGUCUCUGUCACAGGUGAGGAGGUUACCUUUGAUUUCAGGAGUUCAUUCAUCCAGAUAUUCACCUGACAGCUGAUUCUCUCUACAGGGAAACCAAAGACCUCAGGCCCAGCAACCUCUGCAGCCCCACCCUUGGCCUCAGACCCAGAAACAGGAAAUGACCUGCCUGUCUCCGUGGUGACGACCCCACCCACCCAGGCUGAGGAGGGACAGGAUGAUGUCAUCACUGCUGUCACCACGGUGCAUCACUUCUGAACUGAUCUGAAGAGAAGCUCCAACGUUCCAAGACCUUUUAGUUUAGAAGCGGGAGGACCCAGAACGCUUGUUUUAAUGUCAAGUUUUUUUA